UGCAUAGAUGCCAAGGUGGAGAUUUUCCCUAAUUGGGAUCAUACUUGUUCUACUUCCAUGUCACUUUCUGCAACUUGCUUCUGCACAGAUUACUCAUCCAUUGGAAGUUAAUGCUUUGCAAGCUGUCCGCCGAGCACUCAAAGAUACAGGGAAAAAUCUCAAUAGCUGGAAAAAGACUGAUCCAUGUGUAUCAAAUUGGACCGGAGUAAUCUGCUUAAUGGAUCCAAAUGAUGGCCAUCUCCAUGUCCAAGAACUGCGGUUGCUAAACAUGAAACUUUCUGGGAAACUAGCUCCGUCACUUGGGUUGUUUUCUCAUAUGACCGUAUUGAAUUUUAUGUGGAACAAUUUAACCGGCAGCAUACCCAAGGAGAUAGGCAAUCUGAUUACUUUAAAGCUUCUGUAAGCAUCAAAUUACAAGCUUUUAA